CAAAACUGCCGCUUGCGCCGAUUCAAUCAGCUGUUUUUUUGUUCGUUUGUCUGUCGUAACAACAGUUACAAAACAGUUUGAAACACAAUACAAAAGUUUAAGUUCUGGUCGCUCGGGCUUCCUAAAAGAGUCUAAAAGUUUCCAGAACGCAAUGUAUUUUUCGUAAUUCGUUAUUCGAAAUAUGGAUCUAACCAAAACAACUCGCAAAAGAACAACACAUAUACACAAAAUGAGCGAAACGAACGAAGCAGAAACCAGUGCAUACAUGGCUGACUCCACAACAAAACCCCAUCUAAUGCCAGGAGGUCCAUACACCUCAUCGAACUUUAUUGUCCAGUGUUUAUAUAAGAUAUCUACCGUAUGCCUAACACCUUGGUCCCACAUUCUCGACCGGUUACUUGCCAUGUUUAUACGAACAUCUGAGACCUCGAGAGGAAGUAUUUUAAGCUUCUGUAUAAAAGCUUUCCUAUUAUUGAUUGUUCUGCUCUGCCUAACCCCAAUUGCUAUCUUUGCGUUUAUUAUAUGGUUUCCUCUGCAAUGGUUCAGACCACGAUCUUUUUCCUAUAUAUCUCCACACACUGAGAAGGAGAGUUCAUCAUCUGGGAAAUACGAACGUGUUUUUCUAUCCAACCGUCUUUCCCCUAGUGUGUCCAGCAUUACUUCUGCCCCUCAGUCAGCAAGAGGCGCCCAAACUUUCAGUGUUAUGUCGGCUAACCUGUGUUUGAUGCCUGAGUUUAUUGCUCAUAUUAAUAACUUGACUAACUCGGUGACAAGGGGCAAAAAAAUGGCGGCUUUUUUCUGCGGAGAGCCAGUUCCGAGAGCUAAAGUAAACCAAGGGGUUGGGGAAGGGGUGUCAAAACCUACUGAGACAGAUUUUUUAGUUGCUACUUUAAGUACCGAGUCAGUUAGCACUGGUGGAAGAGAAUACGAACCUAUAGCGGGUGAAAAUAUUGAUUCUCGAAGCAUUACAUCAGCUCAGUGGAGCAUAACAAGCAAAGAACGGACAGUGUCCGAAAAUUUCUCGUUUAUUGCUGAUUUCCUUUGUUUGCAAGAAGUUUUUGACGGAAGAUCUACUAACCAACUUAUUCAGGGCCUGAAAAGAAAGUACCCUUAUAUAAUAUACGACGUUUCCCAACCUCUACAUAAUUGUCGAAUGACAUUACUUGGCAGUGGUUUAUGUAUAGCCAGCUUGCACCCCUUCAUUGAUAUUUCAUUCAAGCCAUACCCAGAUGGCCACAAUGAUGAUAAAUUAGCUUGCAAAGGUCUCUUAAUGACAAAGGUUUUCCUUGGUAAAGAUGACAGGGGUCAUGAUCUUGUUGGUUACCUAGCAACCACUCACCUUCAAGCUUGGUCCCACUCUCAUGCCUCUACUGUUCGUUGCAAACAACUCGACAGUAUUUAUUCCUGGAUGGAAGAAUUUAAGUUAAAUUCAGCAACUCGAGAUGGUAAUACAUCAGAAAAAGUUCUGUUUAAUGUUAUAACUGGAGACUUCAACUUUGACAAAGCAAGUUACUACGAUUUAAAUGAACAAAGAUGUCAGUUUCUCCAACAAUUCAUAGACCCAUGCAUUGAUGAACAAAGUGGGGGACAACACAGUUGGGUUGUUGGAACUGAGUUAAACCAAACUCGUAUGCACGAAGACAGAGUUAAAACUCCACGUGGUUUACAAAGAAUGUUGGUAUCUGAGUUAGAGCGUUGUAGAUAUGUUGCGUCAACCACACCAACUAAAAACAGCUUACAAAAACCACAAGACGGAAAAAGGAAAAUUGAUUAUAUUUUAUAUGAAGAAUGCCCUAAUAUUAAUACGGACAUCAAAGAUUUCAAGUUUUUCACUGGUUUGGCAACUUUAACAGACCAUUUACCAGUAGGAAUGGUCUUUUCCUGCCAUGAUAUUUAACAACAUUCCAAUACCAAUUUUAGCUCUUACUGUGUUCGCAUUAAGCACUAUUUAAUAUUAGUUAAUAAACAGAUACUUUUCACUGUUA